AUGACGACCCAAAUCCGUUCGACGGAUUCAAACCCCUUCAUUAUCGCAACUGGGGCGCAAGUACUGCUCAUGUCGUUACGAAGGGACAGUAUCGAGGAACAACAUCCAAAGGGGGAGAUGUUGAAGGGCCGUGGCAGUGGUCAGGCUAUCAAAUUAUUCCAUAAAUUCAACUUUGAUGGUUCCCACGACGGCGCGAUUCUUCUGCUGCCAGAGGGAAGUUGGCGAGAAAUGGCCAGCUUCGCUACCAGUCAACUACUCCAAACCCGUGCUAUGAAACAUGCACAUCAGUGGUUCCAGGAAGCCGAAAAAAAGCUGCAUAGAGCAUUGGACGCAAGGGAGUUUCUGUAUCUUGUCACUGGAUACGACAAGGCAUUCUCUUGGGGAAUUUCAGCUUUCGCUAAUGAAUGGGGCAAUCCGGUGUCAUUAACCUUUUCCACUCACGAGAUCGAAGACAGCCACGAUAAAUACUCUUGGAGCUUCGAAGACAUCAGUCAAGGAUCCGGCUGUAGGUGUCAUCCAGAUGCGACAGACCCUUAUAGUUCGUCCUCGCCGACAUCUGUCAAUCGUGUUCCUGACCAAUGUGUAUUUGUUCGGGGAUACGUUAUCACCAGAUGA